UGGGUUCUGGAGCCAGGGAAGGAAGGUUAGGGCGGGAUUUCCGCUGUUAUUCGAAAUCCGGAAGUGUUUUGAAAGAUUGUAGCAGAAAACGUGAUUGUCAAACGUCAAGCUGAGCGGCGGAGGUUGGUGUUGAGUGAGGAUAGUAUGGAUGAGGACGAAUGUAAUGAGGCUAAUUCCCAAAGGAAGCGGGGUCUAAGUCAUGACAGCGAGUCAGAAGACGCGAGUGAACGAGUGGUGAGGAGGAAAAUGGAUCAGGACGAAUGGAAAGUGCUGGUAAAGUUCAAAGAGGGUCAUGAUAUUAAGUCAGUAGGGCCUGUUGCUCUCACAAAGUUUUUGCGCGAAAAGGUGGGAGAGAUUGCCAGAGCUAGAGUGCAUUCUGACGGUGAUUUGAUGAUAGUGUGUAAAGACGUGGGCCAGCAAUUGAAAGCAUUAAAGCUAAAAAAUGUUUGCAAAAAAGAAGUUUUGGAGGUGAAGAAAAGAAUGGCGACAGGAGAGGUGUGUAGGGGAGUAAUCUAUGGUAUUCCCGCAGAUGAGGAUUUGGGAAAGCUGAAGGAUAGCAUUGAGGGAGGACAUGCAAUUAGCAUGAAGAGACUUAAAGCAUGGAGAUUUGGCGAGAAGGUUGAUAGUCUAUCAGUAAUGGUGGAUUUUAAAGGGGAAAAGUUGCCUAAAUAUGUCACUGUGGGAUAUCUGAACUAUAAUGUAAGGAUGUAUGUGCCCCCUCCAUUGCGGUGUUUCAAAUGCCAGAAAUAUGGUCACAUAGCUGCUUACUGUAAAGGCACACAAACAUGUGGGCGCUGUGGAGGAGAACAUAUCUAUGGUGCAUGUGGAACUGGGGUGCAAGAAAAGUGUGUCAACUGUGGAGGAUCGCAUAGUGUUGGGUAUAGGGAGUGUGAAGCCAGAAAGAGAGCAGUUGAAAUCCAGCAUGCUAGGGCUGAAGGAAAGUUGUCUUAUGCCGAGGCAGCUAAGAGAGGUCAAGCUGAACCAAAGUUAGUGAGACUGGCAACAAGAGCUGGAAAACCCUUGGUUGAUGAUGAGGAACUCCUGGUUAUUAAAAAGAGAGAAUUUAUGUGCUUUAUUGCGGAAGUUAUAAACUGUACGUCACAAGCAAAACACAGAUCUGAGAAGACAGCCAUUGUGGUUAAAAGUGCAAAUAGGUAUCUGGGUAUUAAAGAUAUUACGUGGGAAAGUAUUUAUGAAGAACUUCAGAACAGAGAUAAAUCUGAGAAGCCAGCAUCCUUAUCACAGCCGUCUUCACAGUUGUCUGCGUCGAGUUUACAAGCUAAAACUUAAAAAAAAAAAAAAAAAAAAAAAAAAAAAAAACAUUUUCUUUAUACAGUGGAAUGCUAGAAGCUUGGUGGCAAAUGGGCAAGAACUCAAGAGGUUUAUCUUCGAGUUAGAGACUAAACCUGAGAUUAUUUGCGUUGUUGAGACAUGGUUGAAACCUCAUAUGAAUUUUGUUUUAAAUGGGUAUGUGUGUGAGCGAAAUGAUAGGAGUGAUAGUAGUGGGGGUGGGUGUGCUACUUUUAUUAAGGUGGGGGUUCCCUACAGAGUUUUAGGUAAGGGUGAAGGAUUAGAGUAUUUAGUCACUGAGGUUUGGUGUGAUAAUGGUAGUUUAAAUGUUGUAAAUUUUUAUAAUCCCUGUAAAAGACUUGAUAUUGAAGCACUAGAGUUGGUUGAAGGGCAAGAAGGUGGCAAAAUAUUAUGGCUAGGAGAUUUUAACGCACAUAGUUCCCUGUGGGGAGGGGAUAAAACGGAUCACAAUGGCUUGGUUUUAGAAGAGCUUAUGGAUAGGAAAGGGUUGGUUUGUUUAAAUGAUGGGUCACCUACUCGUAUUGGGAUGAGGGUGCAGUCUGUAUUAGAUCUGACUUUGGUUUCUCAGUCUCUUGCAGGUCAAAUAAUAUGGGAAGUCUAUAGUGAGUCAACAAUUGGAAGUGACCACUAUCCGAUUAUGUGUAGGUUGGGUAGCAGGAGCUGCAAUAUGAACCAGUGUUUCUCUGAAAGAUGGAAUUUCAAUAAAGCUGACUGGACAAUGUUUACAUUUAUAAGUGAUAGGAAUAUGGGUCAAGUUGAGGUGAUAGAUGAUGUGGAUGAAUUUACAGAGAAUGUUAGUAUAGCUAUGGUGGAGGCUGCAAAAGCUUCUAUUGUUGAGUCAAGGCCUGGAAGUAAGAAGCGGAAAUUGGUACCCUGGUGGACAGAUGAAUGCACACAAAUAAUAAGCAGUAGAAAUAAAGCUUUUAAAGAUUUUAAAAAUAGCUUAAGCUUCCAAAAGUAUAUGGAAUAUAAAAGAGAGCAGGCUAAGGUAAGGAAAGUAAUUAGGAAAGUUAAAAAGGAUUACUGGACAAAGUAUUGUAACACUAUAGGAAGACAAACCUCCGUAAAUGAAGUAUGGAGAGUUGUGAAAAAAAUGAGUGGGGUGCGGCAAUCUUGGAGCUAUCCAGUCCUUAAGAAUGGUGACACUGUGGCAGUGAAGGAUGAAGAGAAAGCAGCAUUAAUGGUCAAAACUAUAGCUAAUGUUCAUAGUAGUCUCAAUUUAACUGAUGAUGAAAGACAUAAAAGAGCAGCAACAAAAAGACAGUAUCAAUAUCUUUUAGAAAAUGUAGAGGAUCAAAAUGAUAGCUUGAACGCAAGUUUUUCAGUGAAUGAAUUAAAAAAGGCUAUAAACAAGACGAAGGUAACAGCUACGGGAAAAGAUAGAAUAAGUUAUGCAAUGUUGAAACAUCUUAGUAACGAGGCUCUUAAUACUGUGUUGGAAUUAUUUAAUAAGGUGUGGGAGCAAGGGAAAAUUCCAAAGAACUGGAAGAUGGCUGUUAUUAUUCCAAUUAGAAAGCCGGGGAAAGAUCCUACUGUGGCUUCAAGUUAUAGGCCAAUUGCUUUGUCAUCCCACCUGGGUAAGGUAAUGGAGAGAAUGAUUGUGGAGAGAAUGACUUUUUAUGUUGAGUCCCGGAAUUUGAUAACGCCGUUCCAAAGCGGCUUCAGGAAAGGAAGGUCAACGAUGGACCCAGUUAUUAAAAUGGAGAGUGAUAUAAGGAAAGCCCAAGUGUGUAAAGAAGUAGUUGCUGCUAUAUUUUUUGAUGUGGAAAAGGCGUAUGAUAUGCUUUGGAAGGAUGGUGUGUUAAUUAAAAUACGAAGGCUUGGAAUAGACGGGAAAAUGUAUUACUGGAUUAAGGACUUUUUAAAUAAUAGACAAAUUCAGGUGAGGAUAAACAGUAGCUUCUCUGAUUGUCUAUUUGUGGAAAAUGGUGUACCCCAAGGAAGUGUUAUUUCACCAAUUCUAUUCUCUAUUAUGAUAAAUGAUAUAUAUGAUACACUUGAUUAUAGCAUAGGCAAAUCAUUGUUUGCAGAUGACGGCGCUCUUUGGAAAAGGGGUAAAAAUGUUCAAAUCACUGUUAAAAACUUGCAAAAAGCUAUCGACUCUGUUGAAGAAUGGGCUGGGAAAUGGGGAUUCAGGUUCUCUGUUGAGAAAACUAAGGUAGUAUUCUUCUCAUUUAAAAAAAUUGAAGAAAGUUUUAAAUUCCAGUUGUAUGGUAGAGAUUUAAAAAGAGUAAAUUGUAUGAGAUUUUUAGGUAUGCAUUUUGAUUCUAAGCUUACAUGGCAUAAUCAUAUUGAAAAUAUUGUUGACAAAUGUAAAAAAGUCAUUAACAUAAUUAGGUGCUUGUGCAAUAAGGAGUGGGGAGCAGAUAUGACUUCAAUGAAAAGAUUAUAUGUUGGAUUAAUUAGGUCUAUUGUUGACUACGGGUGCAUGGCUUAUGGGUCUGCUGCAAAGUCUGAAUUAAAGAAGCUUGAUGUUAUUCAGGGUUCGGCCCUUAGGAUAUGUUCAGGAGUAAUGAGAACCUCCCCUAUAUCAGCGCUUCAGGUUGAAGUAGGUGAAAUGCCAUUUGAGUUGAGGCGACUGCAAAUGUCAUUGUCGUAUUAUGUUCAAUUAAAAGGACAUAUUGAAGACCAUCCCACUAAAAGUGUCCUCAUCUUAACAUGGGAGCAGGAAAAAAGUAAAAGAGAGUCGUUUAGUGCAAGUAUUCAUGAAAAGGUAAAGCAAGCAGCUUUAGAAAAUUAUGAAUUUAGUCCAUCUGUAGUCUAUUCACCGCACCCACCGUGGAUGCUACUGGUACCGGACACUGAUGUAACCUUGCAUGAAAAGUUAAAAAAUUAUAAGGGAUAUAGUGGACAAAUGGCUAUGAGGUAUGUAGAUAACUAUUAUGGGUACGUGCAAAUCUUUACUGAUGGAUCAAAACAACCAGAUACAGGGAAAGUGGCAAUCGCAAAUGUGAUACCAGAGUUUGAUAUUAAGUUUUCUGCAAGAGUUUCGGAUCACCUAUCAGUGUACACAGCAGAGCUAAUAGCAAUUGUAAUGGCGUUGCAGUGGGUAGAGCAAAUGAAACCACUAAGAGUAGUUGUAUGUUCAGAUUCGUUGUCAGCCUUAGAAAAUUUUAAAUCAGGUAACUCAAAUGAAAGGUAUGAUAUUGUGUGUGAGAUAUUGACUUUGAUUCAUAGUAUUCAAAAUGGGGGGACGCAUGUAAAGUUUGUGUGGGUUCCGGCUCAUGUAGGUAUGGUUGGUAAUGAGUUGGCAGACAAGUUUGCUAAACAGGCUUUGAAAGCAACAAAUGUGUCUAUUCAGUGUAAAAUAUCAAAGGCAGAGGCUAAGUCAAUGAUUAAAAAACAUGUUAAAAAGUUAUGGCAAGAUAAAUGGGAUAGGGGAGAUAAAGGGAGGGGCUUUUACAGUGUAAACCCUGAGGUUGGUCAGGGCCGUUUGAUAAGAAGAUGUCGAAGAGAAGAGGCAAUUUUUACAAGAAUGAGAAUAGGACACACUGGACUGAACAAAACAUUGCAGAUGAUAGGAAAGCAUAAUUCAGGAAAUUGUGGGAGCUGUAAUGUGCCAGAAACAGUGGAACAUGUCUUUAUGAUUUGUAGGAAAUUUAAUAGAGAAAGGUCUUUAAUUAAAAGGAAAAUAGAGGAUAGUGGGGAAAGUUUUAACUUUAGAAAUAUUUUGUCUAAGGCUUCCGAUCAUAAAGUAAUAAAGUAUAUGUUUGAAUUUUUAAAGAACACCGGACUCAUUGAUAGAAUAUAGGGAAGUUAUUUAUUUGAAAGGAAAUUUAGACAGAUGGAUUACUAUAAGUGUUUUUUUUUUUUUUUUUUUUUUAUGUGGCUUGCAGGCUACAUUAUUUUCAAAGAUAUAAACCAUAGUGGUGAUUAGGCACAAUUUAACUGGAGGGUGGCGGUAGUGCGCUAAGUUAGUCCGCAUCCGCCGUUAAACAACCAAAGAAGAAGAAGAAGAAGACAUCACCCUUUUAAGCCAGCCAAUUUCCUGGAUCUCUCUCGGGUGUCAAAUACAACACUGUUUUCAGCUGAGCAGGGAGGCCCUGACAGUGCUGAUGGAUCUUCUGAGAGUGAAUGACAACAGUUUUUGUGUGCCACAAUCCAGACCCAGGUGUUUCUUUUCUGUCUGCCAGUGGUAAAUUGUAGGGAGUGGUCUCCAGAGUGUUUGGCAUGCCUUGUUCCACUGUCCACUGCAUUGUUCUCCAAGUCGCUGUGGAGGAGCUGGCCAUUCACCAAGGGAUUCACCUCUCGAAGACACCAGAACACAUGCGGCUGGGCUUAAAAUUUUCUCAUAAGGGCACCAUUUGAGGCGACUUUGUGUAAUAACGAAGAGCUAUCAAAACAUGCGGAACAUCGUUUAAUCCCUGAGCAGCAUUCACUACAUUGUUGGUCAUACACAUUAGCAGAGAAAGGAAAGAAAAAGAGAGAAGGGGAAAAGUAAGGAAGAAAUGUUACAUAGGAAGCAGCUGCAGAAGGAGAUCAGUGUAAACAGGCCAAGAAGAUGAUAUGCAGAGAAGCAAUGGUGUGAUAUUUUUUUUUUUUAACCCCCCUUCAACACCGAGUAGAUUGGGGGAGAACUCAGGCGAAGUUGUGUGGGUGGAUGAAUCUAGCGAGUCCAAUAAAGAAACACAUUGACUGGUAUUUCUCCAUGGGAGCUCCUAUAUCUUUGUGUAACUGAGGGGAAUAUUGCACAAGACUCCUGUGUACUCUACAGCUCCUUAUGCGUGAGAUUGCAAUAUCAUGGUGAUGCAUAAUGCGGUUUUAUUUUAAUUGAUUUAUUUUUCUAUUAGGGUAAGAUUGGGAUUAUGCAUGUCUUGCCAUGUAGGAAAAGCAUGUAAAUACUUUUAGUUGUAUAUAUUGUGCUUACUAAUGAAGGCAUUGAAUGCAAAGAUGCUAAUGUGUUGGGUUCAUAAUUGUAUAUUUAGUUAAACUGAAGCAUUCAGUGGUGGCCCAUCUUUUCAACAUGGUAAAAGAGCAAUAUUUCUCCUCUUAUAUUUCAGACAUUCCAACACAAUGACUGACAUAAUUGUUAGUUCUUGAGAAGCAGUGGGCAGGCAUGUGCCAUGAAUAAUGUAUUUUUAUUGUACCGAAGCAUAAACCAAACCACAAUCUUCAUGCUAAUGUUUUCUAAAGCAGUGAUUCACAAUUUCUCAUUUUCUUUUACAGCGCAAU